UGCAGAUGGGGAAAAUAAAAAGCUGCGCACACGCUCCAAAGGAACCAAGGUUCAAGUGGACUCUAUAGCUCAAGAGCUCAGUGCCUACAAAUGCUCCAUGGCUAAGAAGAGAAAAGCUGAAGAUCAGAUAUCAGGUGUUCCCGUCAAUAAAAGGAAGUCCCUGUUAAUGAAACCCCGCCACUACAGCCCCAGCUUGGAAUGCAAAGAAGAAAAUGAAGACAGGACAGAGUUACAGGAAGAUAUCAGUGUCCUCAAAAGCAGCUCAACUCCAGAGGAGAGUACUCCAAAAUCAUCUGAGGAAACCCCUCAUUUGGGUGGGCAAGAAAAUUCCAGUCAAAGAAAAGAAAAAUACUCCAGCUAUCAAGAUACCGUGGCCAAAUCUUUGAUGAACAUGGGAAAAGUAGCAAAAGAUUCACCCAGUCAAACAGUGGCAGAAAAUCUAAAUGAUAGUGGCAUUCAAUCCUUAAAAACAGAAAGUGAUGACACUGAUGAAUGUUACCUGAUUAGCUCAGCUGAAGGAAAGGAAAAGAGUGCUAUUUCUGACCCAAAAUACUGUUCAUCUGAGGAAAAUGAAAGUAAUUCUGAAAUUAUGGACAACGAGUGGGAUAGCUCUUCAAAUUUCUCAGAAGAAACCAGUGUAAAGCCCCCUGUAACUCAGAAAUAUAUUGUAGAGUGUAACCAACCCAGCAUCCUGGAAGUCCCAGAAAUUAAGAAGGAAGAGGUUGAAUAUGGCCCUUGUGAAGCACUGUGUGACUCAGAAGCAGAGCUAAGAGCACCCCAAGAGCCUCACUCAGAUCCCUUUGAGAAGAGAAUUCAGAAUCUCUUCCCUGAAAGUGAGGAAGAUGACAACGAGUGCCUGUCAGAAACCACAGACGUGUCAGUUGAGCUGGACAAAACAAAAGGGAACUUGAGUUUGCUAGAGCAAGCGAUCGCUCUGCAGGCAGAGCAAGGGCAUGUGUUCCACAGCACCUACAAGGAACUGGAUAGGUUUCUCCUGGAGCAUCUAGCAGGGGAAAGGAGACAAACCAAAGUUAUUGACAUUGGUGGGAGACAGAUAUUUAGCAGCAAACAUUCACCCAGGCCUGAAAAGAGAGAAACCAAAUGCCCCAUCCCAGGAUGCGAUGGCACAGGGCACGUGACUGGGCUGUACCCUCACCACCGCAGUCUCUCAGGCUGUCCACAUAAAGUUAGAGUGCCACUAGAAAUUCUUGCCAUGCAUGAAAACGUUUUGAAGUGCCCCACCCCAGGAUGCACUGGAAGAGGACACGUCAACAGCAAUCGCAACACACACCGAAGCCUUUCUGGUUGUCCAAUUGCUGCAGCUGAAAAGCUGGCAAUGUCCCAGGAAAAGAACCAGCUCGAGUCUCUUAAAAAAGCUGGGCAGUGCCAUGAUCAGACUCACAGGACAAAUUUAGCAAAGCAGCCUGAGGUAUCUCAGUACAGUUACAGAACUUCACAGCCAGUCACUUCCUCCAGAGGCACCCUAGUGAAAGAACAGGAGAAGUUUGGGAAAGUCCCAUUUGAUUAUGCCAGUUUUGAUGCACAAGUCUUUGGAAAACGCACAACAGCACCUGUGUCACAAGGUCAAAAACCACCUCAGUUUCUUGAAUCAAAGCAUUUUUCAAAUCCAGUGAAAUUUUCUAAUCGGCUGCCUAGUGCUAGCGCCCACACACAGAGCCCUUGCCAUGCCAACUCUUAUAGCUACGGUCAAUGUAGUGAAGACACCCACAUAGCAGCAGCUGCUGCUAUCCUGAACCUUUCCACCCGCUGCAGGGAAGCAGCAGAGAUCCUCUCCAACAAACCACAGAGUCUGUCUGCCAAGGGAGCUGAGAUAGAAGUGGAUGAAAAUGGCACACUGGAUUUGAGCAUGAAAAAGAAUCGAAGCCAAGACAAAGUUAUGCCUCUCACUUCUUCCAGCACAGCACUUCCCACUCCUUCCUCUUCUCCUUUCAAAGCAAGCAGCAUCCUGGUAAAUGCAGCCUUCUACCAGGCACUUUGUGAACAGGAAGGCUGGGAUACACCAAUCAACUACAGCAAGACUCAUGGCAGGAAAGAAGAAGAAAAAGAGAAAGAUCCAGUGGGCUCUCCAGAAAACAUGGAGGAAAAGAAGUACCCAGGAGACGUCUCCAUACCGAGUCCUAAACCCAAGCUCCAUUCAAGAGAUCUCAAAAAGGAACUCAUCACCUGUCCAACCCCAGGCUGUGAUGGCAGCGGUCAUGUAACAGGAAACUAUGCCUCACACCGCAGUGUUUCUGGGUGCCCAUUAGCUGACAAGACAUUAAAAUCCCUUAUGGCUGCUAACUCUCAGGAGCUCAAGUGCCCAACACCUGGCUGUGACGGCUCUGGCCACGUGACAGGGAAUUAUGCAUCCCACAGAAGCUUGUCUGGUUGUCCUCGUGCCAGGAAAGGAGGUAUCAAAGUCACUCCUACCAAGGAAGAAAAAGAAGACCCUGAACUUAAAUGUCCAGUGAUAGGCUGUGAUGGCCAAGGUCACAUAUCAGGUAAAUACACUUCUCAUCGCACUGCUUCUGGUUGUCCUUUGGCUGCCAAGAGACAGAAGGAGAGUCCUGUCAAUGGGUCUUCACUACCCUGGAAACUGAACAAACAAGAGCUGCCACACUGUCCUUUGCCAGGCUGCAACGGGCUGGGUCAUGUUAAUAAUGUUUUUGUCACCCACAGAAGCCUGUCUGGUUGUCCUCUGAAUGCACAAACCAUAAAAAAGGGCAAAAUUUCGGAAGAAUUAAUGACUAUCAAGCUUAAAGCAAGUGGUGGUAUUGAGAGUGAUGAAGAAAUAAGACACUUGGAUGAGGAAAUAAAAGAACUGAAUGAAUCCAAUCUAAAAAUUGAAGCUGACAUGAUGAAACUUCAAACUCAGAUCACAUCUAUGGAGAGCAAUUUGAAAACAAUAGAAGAAGAGAACAAACUCAUAGAGCAGAACAACGAGAGCCUGUUGAAGGAGUUAGCUGGCUUGAGCCAAGCCCUUAUCUCCAGUCUCGCUGACAUUCAGCUUCCGCAGAUGGGGCCAAUCAGUGAGCAGAAUUUCGAAGCAUAUGUAAAUACACUCACAGACAUGUACAGCAAUCUGGAACGGGACUAUUCCCCCGAAUGCAAAGCUCUGCUGGAAAGUAUCAAACAGGCAGUGAAGGGCAUCCAUGUGUAGGAUGUGAAAGCUGCUGGGCAACAGAAAUUACUUAACAGCAGUAAACUCCAGAUGGAUCUGUUAGGAGUUCAUGUACUGCUAAGGGGUGUAGGUUGCCAUGCUGCAUUUACAAUUGCAACAUUGCACUAAUUUUUUCCCAGCUGACAUAAAAAAGAAUAAAACCACAACAGACUAUUUGUAUUAACAGCAAUGCACUCUGUUAGUAUAUUGUAUUUAUUUCAGUACAAUUUCUUUUUUUUUCUUCUUUUGCACUCAGUUUUUGUAAAGUGAAUGUAAAAAGUGUGUGCGACUAUUUUUUAUAUUUUUUAUUUAUUUCUAAUCAAAGAGUUGUUUUUUUUAUCUUUUAACAGCAUUUUUGCGGCCUGCCAUAUUUUUACAAAUGUGUUUAAUUAUUUAUUUUCCAAUGGGAUUUUAAAUAGACUGAAAGCUAUACUGUAAAUUAAAAAAUAACUUGCUGGGUUUGUACAGGAAGAAAAAAAAAACCUAUGAAAGUAACAAAUGACUGAACCGUGGUUCUAGUUUUAUUUUCCUCGCAUCCUGCUUUUUUAUAAUGGCUUUGUAUCAGAAAUGGGUUUGCAGUAACAUGAGAUGUGAAGAUGCAUGGAAUGAGAAGAUAAAUGGUGCCCACUAGUGGGGAACUUGGGCUCUUAAAAGCACAGUAUGCUGGAAAACAGUGUGUUAAUGAAUAUGUUAGCAAUAAUGAAAUAUAGCAAUCAGCAAAGCACUUGACUUGGCUGUGUGAUUUAGCCGAUGAGAAUGAUUAUUUAAAACGUUUCAAGAGAACUUCAGAUUUAUUUUACCACUGCGGUUUUUGUUCAAAGUUAGCUCAUGGAGGGAAAUGACAAAUAUCUCACAACAAGAAGGGUAAUUAGGUAGGUACUGGUACUUUUUUAGUAUGAGACGUUGAGGUUUUAAGCAAGUGACCAGUAUUGCAAUGGAUUUGGAUUUAAAAACACGCGAACACAUCCCAAGCUAAAGGCUUUGUACAUAUGAGUCGAACACAUCUCCCCUGAAAUGGCAUUUAAUACUGGUUUGAAGGUAAUGGCAGCUGAGAAGGCAGCGGCCUGGAGGGCAGCAACACCCCUCUGGCACCACGGCGGUCGCUCGUCCCUUUGAACGACCGGUGGCAACACCGUGACUGGUUUCUCCCAUCCUUCUUCACUAAGACUAGGCCGAUACUGAAUUUGUCACCAGCCUUCUGGUAGGGUGCCAAGUGCUACAGAGCAGACAGGCAGGUGGAGGUGUGGACAGACGAGCACUUGCGCAGAGGUGCGGGCACGCGCCUCGGUAUCCGGUUAGCCUGGGUGUGGAACUUCUGAAUCCGUCAGAAACUAGCGGUUGCUGUAACAGAGGCAAUGUCUAUUUCAGGGAUUGUAAGUAAUUAAGCAUUGUUUCAGAAGUUUUUUUUAUAUUUAUUUUUUUUAAGAAAAAGGUAUAAACAACCAGCUAAACUGCCUUUUUUGUAUGCACACACACCUCAUGUGCAUAUGUGCCUCAGUGUAAAUGUAUACAUGGAUCUAGCGUGUGUUUAAUUUUUCCGUGCUAUAAUGAAAGUGUUUAUUUUUAUUAGCCGCAUUUAUAUUUAGAUUGAAUAUGAUGGCAUUCACGGGCUUGACAUAUACAAUUAUAUUAUUACUGUUCCUGCACAAAAGUACUAUUCAGAAGUGAUUCAACUCUCAUGCACUGUGGUCACUGUUCUGCAUUAGGUGGGGCUUGCUUUUUGUUGGGGGGUUGAUUCAACUCUCCAAUCUUAGUUUAGACAGGGGAAAAUGUGUGUUCUUAGGAGCUGUGUUUAUUUUUAAAUUGAUUUUUCAAAAGCUACCAUAUGUGCUGUCUAAUAUAAAUAGGAGAACACCAAACAAAAAUUUGCUAUUAAAGUUAUUGUUCUUGCUAAAACCACAAAAAAGCAAACAUUUGUUAUACUUGUUAAAUGCAUACAAAAGGAGUUCAUUCAUUACAAAGACUAAAAUUUAAUUUACUAAAUAUUUUAAAAAUUUGUUAUAUAUUUUAUUUAAGUAAAAAAAUUCUCUUACUGACCUAUGUAUUUAUUAUUAUGAUUUACUAUGACUUAAUUUUUCUGUGUUUGGUUGUUUGCUCAGGAUGUUCUGUGAAGUAUGUUUGUAUUUAUUUGCCUCCCUUGUACUUGAUGUGUUUUGUACUGUGCACUGGGUUUUUUUUUCUUUCUGUUUUUCUUUUUUUUGCGUUUAAAUGCAUUGAUGAGCUAUACUGUAAAUUAGACCUUUUGUAAAGAGCAAUGAUGUAUGCAUUUUUUAAUUUGGAGUAGUUUGUAUACUGUUUCUUCAUACAAUUAAUAUUUCUUACAUCAAAACAACAAAAUUGUGUUCUGUGCUGUACAUUUGGUGUAUGGUAGGAAAUAAAAUUGAUAAUGAAAUAUUGCAGCAAGUUUGUUGGGUUUUUUAGCCUCUAGAUGCUGACUUAUAUUACACUUCCUUAACUGCACGUGGCACUAUAAGAUGGGUCAGAUGUUUCACUUGCUUUCUACAAAAUGUAGAAAUGUGUCAUCCUGGUAAGUAAAUUUCUCAUAUAAAUAAUUUAAUUAGUGUUUUACUUUGUCAAUUUGAAAUAAGGAGGAGAAAACCAGAACCGCUUAAGAGGUCUUUUCACUUCUGAAGGAAAAAAAAAUCAAGAUGAUAAUCACUGCAUUAUUUAACGCAUUCUUUUCUUGGCAGUUGUAGACUUCAUUUAUACUGAUAAAGUACAGGAUUUGUGCUGACCUUUAACAGCUGCUAAAUGAUGUUUAAACAUAAAAGCCAUUGUAAAGUUUCCAGCAAUUUGGAACCGCCCACUGUUCCAGUGCAAUUUUCUGCUGAGAAUUGCAGUGCUUAGACAUUGCAGAAAUAAAAAUCUGCUGGUUUUAGAAAGACAAUAUUUCCAUCUAAUGGACUUUUUUUUUCACUGCUUGUUGUAGCAAAACCAGGCCACUUUUAUUUAGGAUGCAGGCUAAUGGCUUCAGGAGCAUUUCUUGCCUCAGAUUCCAACUUUCCACCGAUAGAGAAUAAUUUUCAUUUGGAAAAUAAGUCAAAUUUAAAUGCCAUAAACUAGCUGAUAAUUAUUUAUUUGAAUAGACAUAUUUAGAUAAACCAAAAUGGACUGACACAAAAAAAAAUGACAUGUCCUGCAUUUAGCUAGAAGGGAACUUAAAAAUUUGCAUCACAUGAAUCCAGAAAGCUCACAAAUCUUGCCAGGUUUGAAGCUGUAGAGUCAGCAAAGGGCUGGAAUGAAGACAGACCUGUGCUGGGAAGCUGUGCUCCUAUGAAAUUCAGACUUCUCUUUGUUCUAGGACACUUAUCCAAGGGCACCAUGAACUGUUUCUUUGCAAUAGUUAUUAUUUAUGUAAUAUGACAAUUAAUAUAAAAUAAUAUUUUAAGGGUUCUUAAAAUUAACUAUUAAACUUCUGCUGUGGAUCUUCAUAUCAUGAGACACUAGGGGGACAGUCUCUUCUUAUACAUCACAGAAGCAGAAACAGGUAUGUCUUAGCAAAGUGCCUUAAUGAUUAACAGAUAAAGACUGAGGCAAACAUUUUCAUUUUGUCUGGCUGCCUAAAUUCAAAUCACAAAUUUAGAAGGCCUUUUUGUCAGACUGACAACUCUUCUCAUUUCAUUUUCAACGUUCAAUACUAAAUAUGGUUAUCUGCUUUUUAUAAAACUGGGGAAAGGCAGUGGUAUGAGGAUGAUGUUGGGCUCUACAUACACCAAAGAAAACUAUGCUCUAAUCUCAAAUAUUUCCAGCAAUCUGAGACAAGGAUUGUGACCAAAAAACCACUUCCUAGUGGUUUUGGAUAGGAAUAUGCUAUCCACAGUGAAGGGAUUAAAUUAUUAUUAUUCUUAUCUAAAGACUAUCUACAGUCAUCUUUAAAUAACUUGCUUUGAUAAUGUUUCGGUGUUGAAAUUACAUCUUUUUUCCAUUAAAAAACCUCAAAACAGUUAAGCUAUAUUCAUUAUUAAACUAAUAUAAGCUGGGGGGCUGGGGAUAUCCCAAAACAACAAAAACCAUUGUGCUUGAACAAACUUCCCAACUAUUUUCAUCUUCUGAAGAUUCUAUUUUUAACAAAUGUUCUGUAACUAUGCCUAUAGAUAGGGGAGAAGUGCUUAAUUCAGUAAAAAAUACAUAAAUUCAAAUUUCUGAAUUAACUUGAAAGGAAUUGAGGCUUUAAAUAUGAAAGAGAAGGAAGGGGAGUAAGAACAGUCAACAUCUGCUGUCCUGACAGCUCAGGAAGCCUAUCCGCUCUCUUAACUAACCAUGAUAAAGAGUUUUGAGUCUAUGAUGUAGAAAAUAGAUUCUGUAGAAAACAGAUUCUGUUUUCUACUGCAGUUUUAUCUCUAUUUACUAAUUAAGCAUCUCUUCUCUCUUGCUGACUUAGUGUAUAUAUCUAACUGUGUCAUGGCUUUUCUACUCAAUGCCCCUUUGUUCUACUUACACUGCACUUUUAAUAAGUCACAGGAUUUCUUGAUGGGAAUUUGUAAUCAUGCAGUGACACAGAGUUAUGACACAAGUCCUCUUCUUGGUUUCCUCCCGUGUUCAUUUAGUGCAAUACAUUCUACCUGUCUUGCAAAUUCUGCCAUGCCUACACUGUUUUUAUGAUUUAUGCAGCUGUGUAACUUGGAUGCUGCCAGGAGAUCUGCACCAAAGUCCUUUGUUCAACUUGCUCAGGAUACUGUGGGAUGAGAGCUCCAUUUAGCUUUUGUGUAAUGUAGGACAGUGACCUACUUUCAGUACCUUUCAAUAUCUCAUUCUGGCUUGGUUUUCUUCUGUCUCUUUUGCUCUAGUAAGUCUUAGACAGCCAAGCUUACACAUAAUUGCAUCAGGGAUUAGUCUGAUUUCCUGUCUGACUUCAUGGUACAAAUUGCUUCAACUCCACUCCAUUCUUAACCAGUGUUCUCAGGGACAUUGUCUAAGUAAAUCUCAGGACUUUUCAGUUAUGUGAUAGCAAUUACUAUUUAGGUUGCUGCUGUCUGCUCCUGAAACUAUUAUUGCACAAGAUUUUUUCCAACCAGCUUUUGAUGCCCAGCACCAGCAUUUGGUGCUCGGCUCCACAUCCCUUGGAGGAACCUCUUUUUUAGAAGCUAAAUGCACAGCUAUUUUUGUCAAGCAGGGCCUUUUCCAAAUUCCCUUCUCUGGCCAAUUCAAAUUUCCAUCUACUAAGUUUUCAUAUUAUUUCAUAGCAUUGUUUAUAUACAUACAUAUAUAUAUAUCUUGUUAACACUUGUUUGCACAAACAAUACAUCAUAAAAUUCCAGGUGGGUUCUUGUACCCAUCCCAGGUAUUGAAGAAAACAUUGCCUUUAUUUUCCCAGGCCUGGUUCUCAACCAAACCAAAGUCUUCGUUUACUGUUUGUGCAUACCUUUUUAAUUUGUUUUUUUAACUUUGUUUUUCCUUCUGACAGAAAAUAAAAAUAAAAAAAGAAGAGAAACCAAAGGAAUUAAUCCCAUGGAAUUAAUCUCAUUCUUUCUUUAACUGACAAUGCCGUCGGUCCAAAUGUUUCCCUGAAGCUGGGUCUAGGGUUGAAGCUCUCUGGCUAGAAAUAUUUCCUAAUUACAGUAACAUGUAGCAUUUUACAUGCACCCUGUGCUUCCUUCUAAAACAGUAAACAAAAUCUGAAUUAGGACCUAGGUUCAAUCCUGAUUUCAAAAUUAUUGGGAUGAAAUUGAUCCGAUCCUUUAGAUGCAGGAUCAGCUUAGUUCCUUUGCGAGAGAAGUGCCUACAAUUGGGAAUUAGUUUCUUUAAUUCUGAUGUAUGGUCAAAAAAGUUUUAGGGAAGGAAUUAAGGUUUUAAAAAGCUCAUAAGA